AGGCGGGCGGCGCGGGGACGGGGACGGGGUCGGGGUCGGGGGCGGCCGCCAUGGUGGCCACCUGCCUGCAGCUGGUCGGCUUCGUCACCAGCUUCGUGGGCUGGAUCGGCAUCCUGGUGACCACGUCCACCAACGACUGGGUGGUCACCUGCGGCUACACCAUCACCACCUGCCGGAAGAUGGACGAGCUGGGCUCCAAGGGGCUCUGGGCCGACUGCGUCAUGGCCACCGGCCUCUACCACUGCAAGCCCCUCGUGGACAUCCUCAUCCUGCCAGGCUACGUGCAGGCGUGUCGGGCACUGAUGAUCGCGGCUUCCGUCCUGGGCCUUCCGGCCAUCCUGCUGCUGCUGACGGUCCUGCCCUGCAUCCGGAUGGGCCACGAGCCCGGCGCGGCCAAGUACCGACGCUCCCAGCUGGCCGGGAUCCUUCUCAUCCUCCUGGCCCUGUGCGCCAUCGUGGCCACCAUCUGGUUCCCCGUGUGCGCCCACCGCGAGACCACCAUCGUGAGCUUUGGCUACUCCCUGUACGCGGGCUGGAUCGGGGCCGCCCUCUGCCUCUUCGGCGGCUCCGUCAUCGUCUGCUGCGCCGGGGACGCCCAGUCGUUCGGGGAAAACCGUUUCUACUACGCCUCGGGCUCCAGCUCCCCGACCCACGCCAAGAGCGCCCACGUGUAAGAAGGCCACCAGACCUCUCCCAAGCCGCCCGCCUGAGGCUCUUCACCGCCGGACUUCUUCUUCUCCUUUUUUUUUUUUUUAAAAAUG